AUGGCGGAACAGCUAGUGAUGCGCGGCCAGCUCGAGGGGCACACAGGCUGGGUCACAUCUCUGGCUACUAGCUUAGAGAACCCAAACAUGCUUCUAUCCUCCAGUCGAGAUAAGACUCUCAUCAUCUGGAAUCUGACUCGCGAUGACCAACAGUACGGCUACCCAAAACGGAGUUUACACGGCCACUCCCACAUCGUUUCAGACUGCGUCAUCUCCUCUGACGGCGCUUACGCCCUCUCCGCUUCGUGGGACAAGACUCUUCGCCUUUGGGAAUUGGCAACAGGUGCAACCACACGUCGCUUCGUCGGUCAUACGAACGACGUCCUCUCAGUAUCCUUCUCUGCAGAUAACCGACAAAUCGUCUCUGGGUCCCGCGAUCGCACAAUCAAGUUAUGGAACACGCUGGGGGAUUGCAAGUUCACAAUUACAGACAAGGGACACACGGAAUGGGUGUCAUGCGUACGGUUCAGUCCAAAUCCUCAGAGCCCCGUGAUCGUCAGCGCUGGCUGGGACAAAUUAGUCAAGGUCUGGGAACUAGCCUCCUGCCGCAUCCAAACCGAUCAUAUCGGCCACACCGGCUACAUCAACACUGUCACAAUAUCCCCCGACGGCUCCCUCUGCGCUUCAGGCGGCAAAGACGGCACAACCAUGUUAUGGGACCUCAACGAGUCGAAGCAUCUAUACAGCCUAACAGCCGGUGACGAGAUCCACGCGCUCGUCUUCUCGCCAAAUCGGUACUGGCUGUGUGCGGCCACGAGCUCCAAUAUCAUCAUUUUCGAUCUAGAGAAGAAGAGCAAGGUUGAUGAGUUGAAGCCAGACUAUACGGCGACGAUUGGGAAGAAGGCUAGGGAUCCGGAGUGUGUGAGCUUGGCGUGGAGCGCGGACGGGCAGACUUUGUUUGCGGGGUAUACGGACAACAUCAUUAGGGCGUGGGGUGUGAUGAGCCGAGGAUAG